AUGGAAGAUACAGAAAGUAUAGCAGAAAAUGCGCUAAGCGAGCCAGUGGAAAAUGCUUGGGCUAUGAAAAUUCCUAGAUUCACUCAAGAUGACAAUCCACAUGGUUUAUUAGAAGAAAGUAAAUUUGCCACUUUGUUUCCAAAAUAUCGGGAACAAUAUUUAAAAGAAUGUUGGCCUCUCGUUCAAAAAGUGUUAAAAGAACAUCAAAUUAUAGCUGAGCUAGACUUAAUAGAAGGAAGUUUAACUGUAAAAACAACCAGGAAAACAUGGGAUCCAUAUAUUAUUAUUAAAGCCCGUGAUUUUAUGAAACUUCUUUCUAGGAGCGUCCCAUUUGAACAAGCUGUUAGAGUUUUGGAAGAUGAGAUAGGUUGUGAUAUUAUAAAAAUUAACUCAUUUGUGAGAAAGAAAGAAACAUUUCUAAAACGUCGCCAGAGACUAAUAGGGCCCAAUGGGGUAACCCUUAAAUCAAUUGAACUGCUAACAGAGUGCUAUGUUCUUGUCCAAGGUAACACAGUAUCAGCUGUUGGCCCAUAUAAAGGAUUAGUACAAGUGAGACGUAUAAUUGAAGAUACAAUGAAAAAUAUUCAUCCAAUGUAUAAUAUAAAAAGUCUUAUGAUAAAAAGAGAGCUAAUGAAAGAUCCUAGACUUAAAAAUGAGAAUUGGGAACGCUUUUUACCUAAAUUUAAAAGUAAAAAUGUCCCAAGAAAGCAACCUAAAACUAAAAUCAAUAAGAAACCUUACACACCCUUCCCACCACCUCAACCUGAAAGCAAAAUUGACAAAGAAUUGGCGUCUGGUGAAUAUUUCCUUAAAGAUGAACAAAAACGGGCUAAACGUCGUCAUGAAAAGGAAGAACAACAAGAGCAAGUUAAGAAAGCUAGAGAAGAACAACGUAAGAAAGAUUAUAUUCCUCCUGAAGAGAAGCUUUCUAACAAAAGUGAUUCCCCUCAAGAACCAUCAUUAGAUAUUAAUAAAUUUAAAGCAAAAAUGAAGAAAUUAUCUAAACAUAAAUUAAUUGUUAAUGUU